UAGAGACCCGUUAUCUACAGAGUACAACUGCAGAUACUUGUUCAGUAAAAUAAGGGUAGACUCUGAGCAGAGCACAUCUCUACAGAGGCUCUGCAUCACAGAGGGGGAAAUAAAAGGACAACCUUCGUUUACAGGAAUGAGUGACUCCAAGAAAAAUGAGUUGGAUAUUAGGGACAAAGCUAUCCUACACCAGCAGAGAAGGCUAAAGCAGGCUACCCAGUUUAUGCACAAGGAUUCUGCAGAUCUCCUGCCUCUUGAUGGUCUGAAAAGGCUGGGCACCUCCAAGGACCUUCAACCUCACAGCAUUGUGCAGAGACGAUUACUGGAGGGCAAUAUUGGGAAGCUGCAAGCUGAUGGCAAGGAUAGUCUCUCUCGGACACGAUCACCGUUGGCAGAAGAAAAUGAAGAAGAGGAAGACAUAGACAGCAGACCAAACCUUAGACGCCUUAUUGUUCAGUGUAAGUGUGGGGACCAGGAAGUGAAAGCCACUAUCAACACUGGCUGUCAAAUGAAUGUCAUGUCAAGAAAGUGUGUGGAGAGGUUAAGUUUACAGGAAGUACCUCUGCAUGAAGAAGAAGAGGAGGAAGAAGACAGUCUUUUUGCUUCUCCAUAUCACACCAAAGUAGUAGGAAAAGUCAAGAAACUACAAAUCAUGCUAGGACAUGAGACUGUCGAAUGUUCAGCCCUUGUUGUAGAAGAUGAGAAGAUGGAGCUGAGUCUUGGCCUAGGAACAUUACUCUUUUACAAAUGCUGUAUUGAUCUGGAGAAAGGAAUGCUGAGACUGUCUACACUGGAACUGCCUUUUUUAGAUCCAUCAGAAGAACAGGGAGAGUGAGAAGGUUGACAACAGUUUCCAGUGAAAAAUCUACAAGCUUUAACCAGAAGGACGUCUGAGACUUCGAACCGGACUGACAUGGACUUUUUAAACAUGUUCUGCCAAGGCCAUAUGAGAUAACCUUAUUGGGAUGCAAGCUGCCAUGUCUGAAGUGGAGUCAUACACGACUUGCCUUCAAUAUUUUGUCCUCAGUGGGCACAUUGCUCUUAAUUAUUUGUAUGUUUCUCAGCACACUUUAGUCAAUAUUUUUUUUCAAGACAUUAUGUUGCAGUGUAUAUUUUGCUUUGUACAUUUAUCUUAUUCUAAACUGCUUUUCUGCCUCGUUCAUCGUAGACUGCCAUUUUUAUCAUUUUAUGACAUGUUCUAUUUAAUUGGUACUUUCACGUAAGAGGUGGAGUGUUCUUUGUUCACCAUCUUGUAUCACAUAGUCUUACCUUUGUAUUCUUUGACCUGCAGUGUGUAUUAGGAUCUAAGUGUGAUUUGCUUCUCUACCACUGGCUCACUAGUGUAAGGUAUGCCAACAUUUUUCAGCGCUUAUUUAAGUGCUAAAGUUUUUAACCUACUUCUUCAGCAAGCAUGUUGAUUUAUCUUUCUGAAUGUCAGUGGUGAAGUGUUUUAAAAUCAGAGUACAUUUUUAAUUAUAGUAUUUAUGAGUAACCUCUGAGCAUGUUUUGUGUUUCUGGACAGUUCUGUUAAAUCUUUAUGCAUGCUUGGUUAAACUCUGAUGCAAGCUUAUGAGUGUAACAUCUCCGAUGCUCCUGAGAGUUUUUUGUGAUGAGCAAAGCUGGUCAAUGUGCAUUACUGAGCAAUUCAUCCACUGUUUCCAAGGAAAUUUGUGGACUUCAAAUUUUGCUACUUUCCAUCUUUUCCAUAAACAGAUUAGAAAACGUGACAUAUUGCCACAGUGCAGCAAGUCUGUUGCUGGUUGAGAAAAUAAACCUAAUGAAAUGUUUGUGACAUUACUGCACUUACAGAAUGUCUUAAUGUCACAUUAUACCCAUGUGUCUAUAAAUGUGUUGAGAGGUUUUAACCCCAUCCAUAAGGGGGAGUUCCUCAAAACCUCCAGAGUAAGCUGACCACCGUUUACCUUACAAGUACAUCAUCUUUUCACUUCACUGUUAUAUAAAUUUAAUUUUGGUGAUAAUGUCAAGAAACUAUUUCAGACCUUUCCCUAACUAAUGUAACACAUUGCAGUAUGAAUAAAAACGUAAUAAAACUGUUAUUUUUUUUA